AUGUCUGCAGACGCGACUCACCUCCUCCAAAAGAACCUCGAACUCGUCAAGACCACUGACCCUGAGGUGACUCGGCGAGUAUGGCUCAAUAACAAAUCCCAUUUCGCAUGCAAUCUUUCUGAUGAGGUCUGGCUUGCAAAGGCCGCGCUUCGAACAGGCCUUGAUCUUGGUCCAGGAGUCGAACACAAGAUCUGGGUCCUUGUCCCCAGAGGCAGAGGCAACGACCCUUCCGCCAUCUUAUCUGCUGUUCACACGUACGAGCGGGCCGGCCUCAUGACUGUGGCAACCAAGGUCAGCGAUCACACGAACUCGGCCCAAGAAGACAGCACCGGAACAGGCAAUUCAAGGGUUGCGCUGAAGAACAUUGUGAUUGUCUAUGUACUCCUGGUAUUCACGCCUGUUGAACACAGGAAGCGGGGUUACGCCAGGACGAUGCUCAAGAUGCUGAAGGAGCAGCUUGAGCAGCAGACAGACCCUGCUGUCGAGCUCUCCUUUCUGUUCUCCAGCGUUGGACGCGAUUUCUAUGAACCAGCAGGCUGGCCAGCAGUCAGAUCGCGAGAGCUGGUCUUGAACGUCCAGGACCACGUCUUUCCUGAGCUCAGCAUGGAUACCGCCACUAACAGCUGGCAAUUGGAAGAUAUCACUGAGGCCAAUCUGCAGGUUGUCAUGGAUCGGGAUAUCGAACUACUUCGGGCCGAGAUGCAGGAUCGUACUCUUAAAGCCCACGGGAACUGCCAACUUGCAGCCAUUGUCCCUGAAGCAAGGAUAUUCCGAGGCCAACUCGCAGUGACACACUUCACCCACCAGAGAGUACUCAACAUUGAAAAGCCAAUCAUCAGGACAGGCGUGCGACUCAAUGCGGCAAAUGGAGGAGACGCGUUUAUCAUUUGGGCGUAUCACAUCUCAUACAAAAUACUGCUCGUCCUCCGAACGCGAUACGAAACAGUGGGCCAGUUGCAAUGUCUUCUCAAGGAGGCCGUGCAAGAAGCGCGCGAGUGGGGAUUGGCCAGAGUUGCGGUUUGGGAUCUGAAGGACGAGGACGCUCACGAGGCUGCAGGGGUAUCUAACAGAGACAGAACCGUGGCAUGGUCCUGUAUAGGCCAGCUCGGUCGCGAUACCGAUACUGGAGCGAGGCGUGGACCGGUUGAUCUGAUGCUCAACGAGGGCUACAUCUGGGGCCUGUGA